CCACUCCUACUAUCUCUGGGCAAAAUUCGCAGUUCUCUUUUUGUUUAAACGACUGAAUUUGCUUUCCCAAAAAUUUCAUCUUCAGCUAAAUCAGAACAUCAACCCAAAAAGGAGAAACACUUUGUGAAAUCUUGAAAGUUCAAGUUCAUCCCAUCCCCUUCGUGAGUUCAGAAUUGAACUGCGGUGGCAUUGUGGGUUUCAAACAGUCACCGGAAGUGCCGGUGGAGCAAUUCCCUUUUGGCAGCGUGCUGAAACUGAGUUGGGUCAUCCCCAUUUACUUCAACUUCAAGAUUUGAGACGAAUUACAUGGAUUCACCCGCUGCAAUUUCUUUAUGCCCAUCAACUCCUGCUUGGAAUCUCGAUCGUCCUUUUCUUACUGGCCAAUUUUAUCAGGAAACAAAGAUUACUCCUGGAACUACUGAAUACAAGGGGGUUUCUGCGGACUCAAGUUCCGGAGCUGAUAAAGCUAUAGGUUGUUACCAUGCCACCAUUCAGGAAUUGCUUGUUAUUGAUGAUCUUCUAUCUACCCUGAUUGGAAUUGAAGGACGCUAUAUUUCUAUCAAGAAAGUCCGAGGGAAGGAAGAUGACAUAACCUUUCAGGUUGAUGCAUCUAUGGAUUUAGCUCUUCAGGAGUUUGCAAAAAGGCUGUUCCCGUUAUGCGAAAGUUAUAUCUUGAUUAACCAGUUUGUGGAGACAAGGUCACAGUUCAAAACAGGUCUAGUCAAUCAUGCCUUUGCUGCAGCUCUAAGGGCACUCCUCCUUGUAAGUUUCUUAUUUAUUGAUCCUUCUAUGGUUGCAUGGUGGAUUAUUUUUUUCUCUACUUGUUUAUCUGAUUUUCUCCUCCUUGGUAUGGCUUGUAUAUGGUAG